ACUUCUCGGACUCCAUAACUAACUAAAUGUCAAAUGAAAUGUCGCUGUUUUCUGCAUGUUUUCUGUUUUCGUGUUUUCUUAUAAAGAAACGUGACUGAUUUUUUACUUUUUGAGUGUAAAAAUUAUCAUUGGAAUAAGAAUGGAAGUAAAACAAGAAAUUGGCGAGGAAACGUUUAAAAUAGAAAUAGAGUAUAAUGAUUUGGACGAUGCUCUUUUAAAUGGUUUUAAAUGUGAAGUUCAGGAGGACUCUAAUAGGCAAAAUACACAUGAUACAAAUGAUUCUGAAAAGUUAGAGAAUUGUUCCACAAAUGCUGAAAUAGAACAACAUGGAAAUAAAUUUAUUAGCGAAGAAACGUUUAAAAUAGAAAUAGAGUAUAAUGAUUUGGCCGAUGCUCUUUUAAAUGGUUUUAAAUGUGAAGUUCAGGAGGAAUCCAAUAGACAAAGUACACAUGAUACAAAUGAUUCUGUAGACUUAAAGAAUUGUUCCACAAAUUCUGAUAUAGAACAACAUGGAGAUAAACUUAACCCAUUUGUAGAAAAUCUAAAAGCUGAAGGUAAUCUCCAAGAUGAAAACAAAAUGGAAAUUGGGGAGAAACUCAUCCAAGAUUCAUCUUGCAAAGGAAAUGACACGGGGCGCCAAACUGAAGAAAAAACACUAAAUAAAAACAUGGAAGCUGUGACUGGAAAAAGACCUCAUAAGUGUGAAAUUUGUUUUAAGCGAUUUAGUCAAGCAAGUGAUUUGAAAAGACAUUUGAGAGUGCACACUAGAGAAAAACCUCCGAAACAAACAAAAAAGUGCGAGAUUUGUUUUAAACAAUUUAGUCAAGCAAGCGAUUUCAAACGGCAUUUGAGAACACACACUAAAGAAAAACCUUACAAGUGUGAGAUUUGUUUUAAGCGGUUUUCUCUAAAACAUCAUUUGAAAGGUCAUUUGAGAGUGCACACUGGAGAAAAACCUUACAAGUGCAAGAUUUGUUUUAAACAGUUUAGUCAAGCAGGUGAUUUGAAGAAACAUUUGAGAGUGCACACUGGAGAAAAACCUUACAAGUGCGAGAUUUGUUUUAAGAAAUUUAGUCAAGCCGGUCAUUUGAAAGGACAUAUGAGAUUCCACACCGGAGAAAAACCUCAUAAGUGCGAGAUCUGUUUCAAGCAAUUUAGUAAAGAGGUUAAUUUGAAAAGUCAUUGGAGAGUGCACACUGGAGAAAAACCUCAUAAGUGUGAAAUUUGUUCUAAGCAAUUUAGUAAAGCAGAUGUUUUGAAAAUACAUUUGAGGGUGCACACUGGGGAAAAACCAUACAAGUGCGACAUUUGUUUUAAGCAAUUUAGUCAAGCAAAUGAUUUGAAAAUACAUUUGAGAGUGCACACUGGAGAAAAACCUUACAAGUGUGAGAUUUGUUUUAAGCAAUUUAGUAAUUCAAGUCAUUUGAAAAAACAUUUGAGAUUACACACAGGGGAAAAACCUCAUAAGUGCGAGAUUUGUUUUAAACAAUUUCGUGAAGCAAGUAAUUUGAAAGUACAUUUGAGAGUGCACACUGGAGAAACACCUUAUAAGUGUGAGAUCUGUUUUAAACAAUUUCGUCAAGCUUGUGUUUUGAAAAAACAUUUGAAAGUGCACACUGGAGAAGAACCUUACAAGUGUGAGAUUUGUUUUAAGCAAUUUAGUAAUUCAAGUCAUUUGAAAAAACAUUUGAGAUUACACACAGGGGAAAAACCUCAUAAGUGCGAGAUUUGUUUUAAACAAUUUCGUGAAGCAAGUAAUUUGAAAGUACAUUUGAGAGUGCACACUGGAGAAACACCUUAUAAGUGUGAGAUCUGUUUUAAACAAUUUCGUCAAGCUUGUGUUUUGAAAAAACAUUUGAAAGUGCACACUGGAGAAGAACCUUACAAGUGUGAGAUUUGUUUUAAGCAAUUUAGUCAAGCAAGUACUUUGAAAAUACAUUUGAGGGUGCACUCUGGGGAAACACUUCAUAAGUGCGAGAUUUGUUUUAAGCAAUUUAGUAAAGAAGGUAAUUUCAAACGCCAUUUGGAAACACACUCUGAAGAAAAUCCUUACACGUGCGAGAUUUGUUUUAAGCAGUUUAUUACAGAAAGUCUUUUGAAAAGACAUUCGAGGGUGCACACUGGGGAAAAACCAUACAAGUGCGACAUUUGUUUUAAACAAUUUAGUCAAGCAAAUGAUUUGAAAAAACAUUUAAGAAUACAUACCGGAGAAAAACCAUACAAGUGCGAGAUUUGUUUUAAGCAAUUUAGUCAAGCAAAUGAUUUGAAAAAACAUUUAAGAAUACAUACUGGAGAAAAACCAUACAAGUGCGAGAUUUGUUUUAAAGAAUUUAGUGACUCAAGUAAUUUGAAAGUACAUUUGAGAAUGCACACUGGAGAAAAACCUCCAAAACAAAUAAAAAAAAUGUGAGAUUUGUUUUAAGGAAUUUGGUAAAACAGGUAAUCUCAAACAGCAUUUGAGAAUACAUACUGGAGUGUGAAAGUGUGAAAUUUGUUUUAAGCAAUUUAUUCAAGCAAGUCAGUUGAAAAGACAUUUGACAGUCCAUACUGGAGAAAAUCCAUACAAGUGCGACAUUUGUUUUAAGCAAUUUAGUCAAGCAAAUGAUUUGAAAAAACAUUUAAGAAUACAUACUGGAGAAAAACCAUACAAGUGCGAGAUUUGUUUUAAAGAAUUUAGUGACUCAAGUAAUUUGAAAGUACAUUUGAGAAUGCACACUGCACAAAAACCUCCAAAACAAAUAAAAAAAUGUGAGAUUUGUUUUAAGCAAUUUAGUAAAACAGAUCAUUUGAAACAGCAUUUAAGAAUACAUACUGGAGAGAAACCUUAUAAGUGUGAAAUUUGUUUUAAGCAAUUUAGUCAAGCAAGUCAGUUGAAAAGACAUUUGACAGUCCAUACUGGAGAAAAGCCAUACAAGUGCGAGAUUUGUUUUAAGCAAUUUCGUCAAGCACAUAGUUUGAAAAGACAUUUGAUGGUGCACACUGGGGAAAAUUUACAAGUGUGAGAUUUGUUUUAAGCAGUUUUCUGUGAAAAGUAUCUUAAAAUAACAUUUUAGAUUGCCUAAUGAAAAAUUUCGUUUAAUAGUAUACAUAUUAUGCGACGAUCAUUUAGGACUGCACUCCACUUGCGAUUUUAGUCGCGCGAUUGUUUUGUCGCGAAUAUUGAACACAUUGUUUCAAAUACGAGUCAAUCCAUUUGCGACUAAAUAAUCACAGCGACUAAAAAAAACGCUUUUUACCGCGACGCGAUUGCCGCUCGAUCGAAAUGGAUCAUACGGACCAGCAUAGGCAUGCAUCAUAAUUAUUUCAUAUACCUAUUUAUAUACCAUAUACCAGUUAACUUCUAAUCAGCGGAAGUGACAGUUGAUUCAUAGAAACACAGUUAUACCCUAUUCCACGAACAUACGCCAGUUUUGGAUUACUUCGACAACGAAUAUUUUACUGUGCAAAAUAAGAAGAACGAAAGUAAAUUGCAAAUUACAUUGUUGUUUAUUGGAAUAAUUAUUAGCGCCAUUUACUUUUGUACUUCUUAUGUUGCACAGUAAAAUAUUCGUUGUCGAAGUAAUCCAAAACAGGCGUAUGUUCGUGGAAUGGCCCAUACAUGAUAUUGUUAAUAUAAAUAUUUUGUCCAGACUUGUUGGAUGAGUUCAGAUAAAUUCAGCAAUUCUACAAUUUGUGGAACAAGAUACAAAUGUAUAAUGUAUACGAUCUCGCAAACAAGACAAAUGUCCGUGAAUUUUUUAAUAAAUGGAUUCGGUGUAUAAAUAAAAAAAGAUGCAAUUUUAAAAAUUUUUAUUCCAAAAUUAAUGCAUUUUGACUAAAACAAUUGUUCCAUUCACUCAGGGGAAAGGCGCAAAAUGUCGCCUGUCAAAAUUUUGAAUGUGUUUUAAAUGUACAGUGCGUCCAUAAAGUAACGGACAAAUUCAUUAUUUCCUAAACCCGUGACUUUAAGGAAAAAUUCCGAAACAGGUCGAUUUUUAUUUUUAAAUUGCAAUAUUUUGGCAUAUACACACACCCAAACUUAUAUGGAAUCACCAUGUAUUUCAAAGUAAUAUUUAUUUCUUUUGAAAAAACUUGUUAUUGUUGCGAAGAUUAAAGGUUUUUAUUGAAAAUAAACAAAUAUAUAAGACAAUCGGAUAGUACAGCCCGGUACGGUAUAGAUUAUUUGCUUGAGUUGCAAGUUUAACGAAAAUAAAUAAACUAACUUUUGCGUCCAAAAACGAAAAUAUGCCUCAUGUAGGGUUAUAGAACUUACAACGAGGAAAGAUUAUUGGUCUUGUGGAGAAAGUAAUGUUCUCAGAUGGACAUAGCUGCAGAGCUAGGCGCAAUACAGGGCGUUCUGUCCAAAACAUAUGCUAGGUAACAGGAACUAGGAAAGCUCAAAAAUAAACCAAGGGAAAGUCGCUAAAAGUAAUAACGGCUCUCCACAAUCGUUUAAUUAUCUAAUCAGCUGGAAGACACCCAACCAUGUCUCACCAGCAGCUUCAAAGGCAGCUUUUGGAAGGUACAGGUGUAACUGUUUCAGUUGAAACGAUAAGAAGAAGAGUUCGUACCAAGAAGUAUACACCAGCAGACAGUUAUGGGUUCCCGAUUUAUCCAGGCAGCACAAGAUUGAUCGCCUAAAUUGGUGUCUUCACCACCAAAACUGGAACAUUGAGAAAUUACAAAAUGUGCUAUUCUCAAAAACAGUCAGGAUUUAAUGUAAUCAGAUGGAAAAUCAGGUGACCCACGAAAUCGUGUACUUAGAGGUCGAGGAAGACAAGCAAGAACGAAAACUGUCAGAUCUGUUCACAAAUAUACAAGGGGAAGUGUAAUGUUCUAGAGAGGAAUUGUGAUCCGUAAAAAAACUCCUUUAAUUUUCAUCCAAUCAACUUUAACUGCUCACAGGUAUGUUGAUAACCUGUAGUCAGGCUCUGGAGAGGUGCAACAGGAGAAAAUUUAAUUUUAUUGCAUGAUAAUGGACCUCUACAUACCAUUAGAGUGACUAAAGGCAUCAUUGAAGCAGAAGGUAUCCCUUGUUUGUAGUGGUCUGCUUGCUCAUCCGAGCUUAAUCCUAUAGAGUAUUUGUGGAAUAUGCUUAAAAGAAAAAUUAGAGCUCGCCGGGAUAAUCCACAAAACACCGCACGGCUAGUACAAGCUGCUUUUAAAGGAUGGAGCAACCUACCACAACAAAAUGUUGAUAAUUUGAUUAGGAGCGUACCCACGCAAACUGAAGCUUGCAUAAGGACUAGAGGUGAUAACACUGACUACCACAAAAUACAAAAAAAUAAAUAAAACAAGUUAAACGUUAUUCGUUUUACAUUGAAAUUUUGUAUGCUAUUGACUUUAAAACAACCACUUUCAAUUUGUUUGUUAAAUACUUUAUUGUUUUAUUUAAUUGUUAUGUAUUUGUUAUUAAAUUGCUUUAGAAUGAAUAUUGUUUGACUUCGUUUGUUCGUUUUUUCAAAUUCGCACGGAAUAGUAAGAAAUAUCAGAUGAUUCCAUAUAAGUUUGGGUGUGUGUAUAUCAUACUAGUGACGUCAUCCAUCUGGGCUUGAUAACGUAAUCGAUGAAUUUUUUAAAUGAGAAUAGGGGUCAUGUGAUAGCUCAAUUGCAAGGGUAUGUAAUUCUCUAUUUAUUAAUACAAACAAUAACAUAAUUAUUUGUAGGGGGUGUCCAAAAAUAUUUUUAUAAUUCAAUUAAUUGAGACAAUGUAUGUAACUUAUUUCAUUCAAAAUUCGUUUUACUUUUGUCAGGAAACAGAAAUACAUGUGCAUGUUUAUUUGACAAAUAAUAAAUAUUGCUUUUCGCUUAAAUUUAAUGUUAGAGUUACCACCCACCUGCCUCUUGGAAGUAUAACAUUACGCUUAAGCGAAAAUCAAUUAUUAUUUUUUAAAUAAAACAUUUUUAUGUUUUCGGGCACGAAUAAAAUAUAUUUAUAAUUAAACAAAUUACAUACAUGCAUCUUUUUGUACCAAUUAAUUUAAUUUAAAAAACGUUUUUUGGACACCCUGUAUAAAUAAUUAUAUUAAUGUUUACCGUUUACUUCUCUCCCGAAGCAUAAGAGCGAUAACACAAGUAGUUUCGAUGUUAUCCAUUGCAAGACUGAUGUAAUCAGCGUUGCCAGGCCCAAAAAAUUUAUUUCCCCAAAUUGUGUUUUAAAAGUUGCCAGAUUUUCAACAGAAUUCCCCAGAUUUAAAGGUUUGUUACGCACAUGCGCAAUAACGAAAAUUGCUGCGCAGUUACACAUUUUCCGUUACUGCGCAUACUCGUAACCGUUCAUGAACGGUUUUGUAUCGAGUUGGAUAAACCUAGUUAUAGUAUUUUUACUACAAAAGCGAUAUU